AUGACAGAUCAUCAGAAAAUUCAUCCGUUUCAUGAUGUUGAUCUUGAAACACCACCACCACCACAACAACAACAACCUUCAGCUCCUUUAGUAACAAGAAACAUGUCAAAAUCCGAUGAUGUUCAACAUCAACAACAACAACAACAACCUGGUAUUCCUAUGAAUCAUCAUCCAAAAUCACCAAAGAAAAGAAGAAGCUGUUGCUGCAGAUUCUUCUGUUGGCUAUUCAGCAUCCUAUUGAUUCUCAUCAUCGCAAUCGCGGUCGCAAUCGGAAUCCUCUUCCUCGCUUUCCGUCCAAAGAUCCCAAAGUACUCCGUCGACGAACUCCGCGUCACGCGGUUCGAUCUCUCAAACAACAACAGCUUAUCAGUGACAUUCAACCUCUCAAUCACUGCAAGAAAUCCAAACAAGAAGAUCGGGAUUGAUUAUCGAGGUGGAAGUCACAUAAGUGCUUGGUACACAGACACAAAACUAUGUGAAGGAUCAUUACCUAAAUUCUACCAAGGUCACAAAAAUGUUACGGUUCUUAGUAUACCUUUGACUGGAGAGACACAGAAUGCAACAGGUUUGAGAGAUUCUUUGCAGCAACAGUUUCUGCAAGAGGGGAGUGUUCCUCUUAAUUUGAAGGUGAAACAACCUGUGAGGAUUAAGUUUGGAAAGUUGAAGAUUUUUAAGAUUAAUUUCAGGGUUAGGUGUAGGAUUGUGGUGGAUAAUCUUAGUGCAAAUAAUUCUAUUAGAAUUAGAAGCAGUAGUUGUAAGUUUAGGUUUAAGUUUUGA